AUGUCACACAGCAGUGGUAUUGAAUUAUCAACUGACUUAAUUAAUAAGUUUAAAGAUAUGAACUCAAGUGGAAAUGGAAGAUUUAUCCAAGCCACUAUUGUAGAUGAAACUAUUAAUAUUAAAGCUAUUGAACAAGGAACAUCAGAUUUUGAUGCGGAUUUAGACCUUGUAUUAAAAUAUCUUGUAGAAGGAGAACCAUCAUAUAUCCUUUUCAGAACUGAAACACGAGACGAUAUUACUAAUGGAUAUAAAUGGCUUCUUUUAGCUUAUAUACCAGAUAGAGCUAAAGUUCGUAUGAAAAUGUUGUAUUCAUCUACUAAAGCACGUUUUAGAACAACACUUGGUGGAAGUACCUUUUUAUAUGAAAUACAUGGAACUGUUUUUUCUGAUUUUGGAAAAAGUGGUUAUGAAGCUUUCUUAAGACAUGAAAUGAGUGCUCCUCCAUUGACUGAAGAGGAAGAAGAAAGAGAAAAAGAAAUAGAACUUGGAAUUAGUGGUCUUGGAGCUGUCCCAACUGGAAUGGCUACUGUUACCGCAUCAAAUGGAGUUGCCUUCCCUGUUGAUGAAAAAGUAAUUAAUGCAGUUAAAGAAUUAUGUGAUGGAGGAAAUAAUUAUGUACAAAUUGGUAUUGAUAUUGAUAAUGAAAGAAUUGUUCUUCAAGCACAAAAGUCUGUUGAAAUUGAUCAUCUUGGAGAAGAAGUUCCACUUACAUUACCAGCUUUCCAUUUUUAUAGAUGGGAUCAUGAAUAUGAAGGACAACAAAUGUCUAAAAUUAUUUAUAUUUUCUCUUGUCCAGAUGGAAGUGGAAAUACAAAAAGUGCACCUGUUAAACAAAGGAUGUUAUAUUCUACUUCUAAAGGUGCAGUUGAAUCAGUGUUAACUGGUAAUGGAAAAGAAGUUGAUUUAAAAUUAGAAAUUAAUGCACCAAAAGAUUUAAGUGUUAAUGAAAUUCAAGAUAAAAUCCAUCCACCACCAGUACAAGAAAAGAAAAUGUUUGCUCGUCCAAAACCAAAAUUCUGCAGAAAGAAAUAA